AAUCGAUGGGCAGUAUUUGUGUAUUGGAAACGCGGCUUAACUUAAUGCAGAUUUUUCCGCUGAUUCGGCUGCAAAAGAUGCACUUUUGAGGCGCAGCGAGUGCACCCACGGCCCCGAGUUCGAGUGCAGUUGCAGUCGGGAAAGUUUGGAAAGUGCGCGGAGCGAGGAGAGCGACGACUUCGGCCUGCGCGUCGAGCUGAAAGGAAACGGCUAGGAAAAGUGACGAAAAGCGGGGGAAAACGCACGGUCCACGGUCCAGCGGAAGUAGGAAAAUUGAAAACGAAACCAACCACCGAUUUUAAAGGCCAGCAUCUCAAAAACGGGGACAAUGGAGUCACAGAAGCGGCCGUCGUUGCACUUACUCACGGAUGUGCCAGCAGGAGCGGCGUCUGGAGGAGGAGGAGCUGCAGGAGCAGGAGCCGCAGCUGAGAUGUCGCCCACUUCCGGUUUCCUGCCGGACAUGCCGCAGUGGAAGAAGGACCUCAUCCAGCGCCGCAAGACGAACGUGGCCCGCACCCAGGCGGCGUCCAUCGCCUCGCCCACCGAUGGCAGUUGUGGGGCUUUGGCCUCGGAGGCCACAGCCGCUCCAGGUGCAAUUGCAGAUUCCAUGGAACCGGCGACAAUCGGUAGCACUAGUCAAAAGAGAAACAUGAUCGGUUCGGAGGAAAAGUCUGAGAAAUCUUCUAUUUCCAAUACCAAUUCCAAUUCCACUGGAGGUCAACACUCUGCUGCUGCCGUCUCCCUUUCGCCCGAAGCGGCAGCAACAACAAAUGUAACAGUAACACCAAUACCAAAGCAGCGAUCGAGUUUACUACUCAACACAAGAAGUCAGGAGAAGGAGAAAGAGACGGAGAGGGAGCGGGAGAUUCCGGGCGAGAGCGGGGAGAGAGAGAGAGAGACAGAGAGCGGCGAGCGCGAGCAGCCGGCUGCCGUGGGGCUGGUGAGUAGCGGCCGGUGUGGUGAAGUUGAAACUGGCACAACUGGAGCAGCGGCAGCAACAUCGUCGUCGCCGUCGUCGUCGUCGUCAGCAAAUCAAAAUCCAAACCAAAAUCACUUGAAAACGAAAUGCAAACCGGGACAGAGCGUUGCUGAGGGCAAGCCUUCAGCGAAAGAGACCAGCGCCAGCACCACCAUUUCCAAUACCAAUUCCAUCGAUAACAACAAGAGCUGCAGCAAGACCAAGAGUAUUUCCGAUAAAUUGCAGAGCAACAAGUUCAUCAUCCAGCAGCAGCAACAGCAACAACAGCAGCAGCAGCAGCAACUGUCGCCCACAAAGGUAACGGUAAAACCGACAAUGGUCGCCAUGCAAGAGAUGAAGAAGACAACCAAACAAAAUGGCCAGCACCGACACCUAGCGGGCAAAAUUGGCAGCGGCCCGGGCACAGGCGGCGAUGUGGACUCCCCCAAUCCCAUUCCAGACUCGCUGGACACCGGCGAGGACCUGAGCUACGGCCCCGGCAUUGUGUCCAAGCUGCGCUGCCGCUACUUGAGCCUGGCCCUCCGCGAGUCGCGCCAGCAGAGCAGCAAGCAGCGCCUGCAGCGCUCCACCAGCCUGAACACCCUGCUGGACCGCGACGACGACGAUGGCGACGUGGAGGAGCCCGAGGUGGCCAGCCAGGUGCGUGCCAAAUCCACACCGCCACCCAUACUGGGGGCCAAGCCGACACCCAAACCCAACAGCCAGCUGCAGCGACCCGUGAGCCUGGGCGCCAACGGAGGAUCGGCAGCUGUCCACCCGCCCUUGACUUCGGACGACGUCCAGCCAGGUGUCACCGCCAAUGGCGGCGGAGCCGGUGCGGGCAACCGAUCGCGUCACUUUAAGCGCGGCAACGAGGUGAUGAAGCGGGCCCGCUCCGUGGAGGCCCUGCUGUGCGAGAAGUCGCCGUGGAACAGUCAGAGAAUCAGCACUGCCGGCGCAGCAGCAACACCCUCACCACCCGCCGCCGCCGCCAAGGCCGCCGGCACUGCCCCCUCACCCGUCACCUCGCCCACCUGCGUCACCAUCGAGGAUAAGAUCCACAAUGCCCGCGAGCGGCUGCACAGCGGCACGGACACGGCGCCGCCCAAGCGGCUGACCUCCAUCAUCGAUGACACCGAACGGCCGCCGCCGGAUCUGGUCAAGCAGACGCUCAAGAUGUUCGAGGCCAGUGCCAAUCGGCGUCCGCGCGCCGCCCAUCGUUCCAAUGGCGUGGGCGGCGUGGCCAGCAAGGUGGCCAGCUACAAGUCGAUCAUCAAGGAUCAGAAGCAGCCAUCACCAGCGGUGGUGGCGACACCGCCGCCGACGACGACCACCGGCAUGGGCUUCGCGUCCUCCACGCCGCUGAGGAACCCACACCAUGUCCAUCCGGAUAUUAUACCCCGCCAGGUGGACUCGCCCGUGUCGGCGCUGAGUGUGCUGAUGCGACGCAUGGACCUGCAGGAGCCCGAGACGCCGGAGAGGGAGACACGGGACACGGAGGCCACACCGCAGAGCGAGGCGCCAAGCGAGACUGAGCGAAACGAUCGCGAUGAAGGCGAUGGCGAUGGCGAAGGCGAUGACGAUGACGACAGCCCCAACAACGACGAUCACGACGACGGCGGCGGCGGUGGCGGCGGCGACAGCAGCGACAACAAUGAGCAACGCGAUAAAAUGGGCGCGGCGGCAGGCGAUAAGCCUAAGCCCCCAACGGAAUCGGCAGCGGGAGGCGCCCAACGAUCAUUCGCUGCCUCGACGGAGAACGCGCAUGUAGCCAGCGGGAGCAGCAGCACCAGUGUACGGAAGCUCAACAACAACAUCAGCGACUCGGGCGGACCGGCGGUGACCAAACAGAUCGGUGUUAUCCGGCCGCUCUUCAAUAGCCAGGGAGCUGGGAGCACGCCGCUGACGAGUCGCGAGAUCGAGAAGAAUCGCAUCAAUGAGAUGAAGAAGUCGACGGCCACAGAAGCCGGUGGAGCGGCCUCCGCAAGCGGGGCCGGAUCGGGCACGUCGCCCACCACUAGUCUCGACACCGUGAUAAACACCAAGGAUGCGGCCAGCAGCGAAACGGACGCCAGCGCCUCGCCGCUGUGGGCGCUGCGCAAGCUGAGGAGCCAGGCGGCCGGUGGCGGAGCAGGCGGCGGGGGCGGCGGCGGCUCGGGCGCCAGUUCCAGCCAUCAUUCCACGGAGAACACCUCGAUGGUGUUCAACUUCUCCAAGAGCACCAAGGAAGUGCCCGACUACAUCGAAAGCGACGUUGUGAUCUACAGGCGCAAGCGGGAGCUGCCAAAGCCAAAUGAGCCGGGCUUCGUGUUGCUGGGCGAUCUCUCCGUGGAGACGUCGACGGACACGGACUAUGACGACUACUCCAUGUGCCCGCCAUCGCCGUGCGAUGUGGAGUUUGAGAAUGCCAACAUUGUGAUCGACGGCAAGUCCAGCAUACGCCAGAAACCCAAAGAUUCCUCGUUCCGCGUGCAGUUCAACGACACGCUGACGUCGACGUUUGAGUACCCCUCCGAGGCGUCGAUGACCAUCGAGGACCCGUCGUACGCCGACCCGUUCGGCCAUGUGAGCCAGCACCACCAGAUGCUGCUGGCGGGCCAGAUGCACCUGCUGCAGCAGCACCAGCACCAGCUGGACCUGGAGCAGAUGCACCAGCUGGGGCUGCAGGAGCAGCACCACCAUGUCACCGUCGACGAGAUCAUCGAGCUGCCCACCUCGACGGCGGGCCAUGGACACGGCCUCGGCCUCGGGCAUGGACACAGGGCGGGCGCGGCGGGGGGCGGACCGAUGCUGGGGAAUUUACCGUUGGGCUCCAAGGCCCUGGGCUUCUACACGCCCAUGAAGGGCUCGCCGAUGGACAACCUCUUCCAGCUGGGCGUCACGCGGUACGCCCUGCCCGAGAGCAGCAGCAGCGGGAGCAGCAACGGCAGCCACAGUCCCAGCAGCAACGGGAGCAGUCCGGCUGGAGCUGCGGGCAGCCGGUUGGUGUUCAACGGCAACGGCAGCAUCGUGGGCCUCGGCGAGGGACUGAUCAAGGACGACGACCUGGCGACGGCGGACGCAGCGGCGGCGGCGGCAGCGGCGGCGGGAGCGGAAGCGGGCAAUGGAGCAGGUGCCUCCACGAAGGGCUCAGCUGUGGACGAGGAUGACUACCAUCCGACGGCGACGCCCGGCGGCAGUGUGGUGUACAGCGAGGGCACACAGAAGACGGAUCUGCUGUACUAGGUCGCCCCGCCAGCCGGCCAGCCAGCCAGCCAGUCAGCCAAAAGCCGGAGCAAGGAGCUCCUGCCGGUUUCCAAGCACCCCGCCCGCCCCCAAACCAUUCCCCCAAUCGAAAAGCGUGCGCUUAGGUGAAAUAUCAAUUUCGGUUAGACACAAGACGAAAGAAAAAAAGCGAAGCAACGCAAACCAAGUAUGGCAAGAAACCCAUAAAGAUACGUAUAUAAAUAGAUAUUAUUUGUAAGUCCGUAGGCCUAGAGAUCCGAUGUGUAUGUGUACAACAGCAAGCGUGUGUGUCUGUCCUCUUUAUAUAUAUAUAUAUAAAUAUGUUUUUUUUUUCGAUAAAUUAAUGAUUAUAUUAUUGUAAUGUAUCUGCGGCACCGAAUGCGGAACAUCUCUGCUGCUCCAAGUGUAUUUGUAUUGUGUAUUCCAUUUACGGCAUUUUCAUAGUAAAUAUACAACAACAACAAAUCGACGUAUUUCCGACUGCAUCCCGAAGGUAACUUAAUCGUAAUCUACGCAGGAGUAUUAACUUAGAGGUCCGCCCCCGUGACCCAUCACCCUUUCGCGCGACCCUUCCACUUCUUCCGCAAGCCCAAAAAAAGAAUGAAAAGAAUAAACAUUAGAAGACCUCAGCCCCCCAAACGGAAGAAAGCAAAAAAUGUAACAUUUGCCUCAUAAUUAUUAUAUACAUUAGCGCUUAUGAAAUAUUUUUUACAAUUGUAUUCCGUAAAUAAAUAUAAUAUACAUCAACAUCAAA